CUUUUUCUCUCAGCUUGACGUUCCCUUCAGAGAACACCAAGCUUUUCUUCUAAAACGAAUUUGCUCAAAUUCUGAUCAAAUUAUCAGCACCAUGCAGGCCAUCUCACCUUCCCCCAAUUCAACCCUACUUAGGUCGAAGCGCUUCACCCCUCAUCACUACCAGCGCUAUACCACCACUCCCACUCGGAUCUUCGUCCAAUGCAUCCACCGCCCCGACUCAGCUAACUUCUCCGGCGUCGUCGGCUCCAACCGCCACGACUGGCAGAGCUCGUGCGCCAUCCUCGCUAGCAAGGUCGUUAGCCAGAAGCAGGAGACGGAGAAGACCGGCAACGCUGACUUAACUGCCGUUAACGGUCACAAAACCCUAGAUCUCGUCCCCAUCGACAACAAUCUCCCUAAACCCCUUACCAUCACCGAUCUCUCUCCCGCCCCGAUGCACGGCUCCCAGCUUCGCGUCGCUUAUCAGGGCGUCGCCGGAGCUUACAGCGAAGCUGCUGCAGGCAAGGCCUACCCCAACUGCCAGGCCAUCCCUUGCGACCAGUUCGAAGUGGCGUUUCAAGCCGUGGAGCUCUGGAUCGCCGACCGGGCCGUCUUGCCCGUCGAGAACUCUCUGGGGGGUAGCAUUCACCGGAAUUACGACCUGCUCCUCCGUCAUCGCCUCCACAUCGUGGGGGAAGUACAGCUCCCCGUCCACCACUGCCUGCUCGCGUUGCCCGGAGUGAAGAAGGAGUACCUGAGCCGUGUCAUAAGCCACCCGCAAGCCCUCUCUCAGUGCGAGCUGACUCUGACUAAAAUGGGUCUCAACGUGGUGCGAGAGGCGGUGGACGACACGGCGGGAGCAGCAGAGUUCGUGGCGACAAACAACCUGCGGGACACGGCGGCCAUAGCGAGCGCGCGGGCGGCGGAGCUAUACGGGCUGGAGGUGCUGGCGGACGGGAUACAGGACGACUCGAGCAAUGUGACCCGGUUCGUGAUGCUGGCUCGAGAGCCUAUAAUCCCCCGGACGGACCGUCCAUUCAAGACGAGCAUAGUGUUUGCCCACGACAAGGGGACGUCGACGCUGUUUAAGGUGCUAUCGGCGUUCGCAUUCCGGAAUAUAAGCCUGACGAAGAUCGAGAGCCGGCCGCACAGGAACCGCCCGAUAAGGCUGGUGGGCGAUGCCAACGUGGGGACGGCGAAGCACUUCGAGUACAUGUUCUACGUGGACUUCGAGGCGUCGAUGGCUGAGGUGAGAGCUCAGAACGCGCUGGCGGAAGUGCAGGAGUUCACAUCGUUUCUGCGCGUGCUGGGGAGCUAUCCCAUGGACAUGACUCCUUGGUCUCCUUCGAGUGGAGAUUGAUUGGUUGAAUGAAGCUUCAAGUCUUCAACCAAACACUGAAAGUGAAACCAUUAAAAGAACAUCAAAUUAUGGAUUUUUUUAAUUAUUUUGUUUUAUUGUUUUUAAUUUUUCAUAUCUCAGGGCAAGGAUCAGGAUACUGUAAUUUGAUCCUCCAAAUGUAAGAUGUGAAUACUGUGUCUUAAUGGGUAGUAUUUUUCUGUAAAUUGAAGUUUUAAGGGGAGCUAGCAUUUCGAGAGUGGUGGUGUGAUAUAUGUAAAUGAGGGAGGAAGAAAUGAUUGGGGUGGGGUGGGGUUGAGCAAAAUAGUUAAUUUAUUAAUGAUGAUGGGUUUCUUCUUCUAAUUAAAAAAAAAAAAAACUGAUUGUGUGGUACUGGUUCUAGAUGGAAAGGAUUUCGAUUUUUUUUAUUUAAUGAAUGAAUGUUUAUAUUAAAUCUGUUUGGUUAGGCAGAUUUGUAUGAGACGUGAUGAACUGGCUGCUGACUUCAAAAUAAGACAUUGAAUUGUUAUCAUCAAUUGCAGGUCUCCUGGGCCUGGGCGAUUGAAUUCUCAGCUGCAGGAAGAGAGAGAGAGAGAGAUGGUCAAUGGAAAUGGUGCAGUGAGUUAGGUGGGGAUGGGAGGUUUUGCUGGAGAUGCAGAGCAGACUGCGAGCGAACCUACUUGUUAUUUUCUUGACGUACUCACGUAUCAUGACGUAUAUGUUUGUUUGAUUUCUUUUUCUUUUUCCGGUGGGUCACUUGUCCUCUGUUUUCUUCUGUUCUCUCUCUUCUCUGUCUUUAUUUACUCUACUAGUAAAACAACUCUGUUUCAUUCACAGAGCUCAGAUUGUUGUUGUCA